GUUCCAAGAAUGGAGACCGGAAAAUAUCUUUAUUCAGAGGCUGGUAGAGAUAAAGUAGAGCUUUCCACUGUAAAGUCACAAGGAAGAAUAUUUUGAGUGCACCGUCAACAAUGACCCGUGCCGCUUAUGCACGCCUGUCUAGUGCUGAUUUCCGACCAUUACUGACCACCGUGGUAACCUUCCACAAGUGAUUGAUUCCAGAGAGGAAUUACCACUACCUUUAAAUAACGAAGCUUUGGAUCAACUUCUGAGAAAUGAGAUUGUCAUCCAGUUUCUCGCUCUGUCAAGAAUUUACUACGUCAAGGUCGUGAAGCUGUAGUGGUGGCGCAUGAAUUGGAUGUGGUUUCCACCGAAUUUUCGGAAGAAGCAGCCAUGCAAAGUGGCGACAUGACUCGAACUGGUACAGCUCGCCCAUUUGGUAUCAAGUCUGCAGUAGAAGCCAAACUGCAUGUGCGAGUCGCAAACAUUGGCCAUACCAGUGAAGGACCGAAAGGAAAGCUGGGAAACAAAAGUACUAAAAUCAAGGCCAAGCAAAUGGCAGAAUGUGACGCAGAACUUUCUGCUGUGUUGUUCAGCAGGCAGGAAAAGAUAACCAAAGAUGAUCAGCCAGUCAGAGAAGCUGAUGCUAUAAGAAAAAGAAAACUUGAAAGAAUGCAGGCGGUUCGGCAGAUCCAAGGUGCUGAUACCUCUACGGGCAAUUUAAUUAUUCAAAAAGAAGAGAAACUACAAAGAACAGGAGACCUCAAAACCAUUCACCUUUACGGAGAGAAGCUCAGACAUGAGAAGAUCCUUGCUUCGUUGGCGGGUAACAUCCCGACCAGCCACACAAUCUACCCGUCAUUCGGUAGAGCAGUUUUCGAGUUUGUGCUGACAAAUCCUUACUCCACUGACCAGACAGUUGCCAUUCACUGCAAUGACAAUGAACUCAAAGUUAUAACAGACACAAGAGAAUGGAGACACUUUAAGAGGAAAACAGAGACGCGUUCAGGCGACUGCGGAAGCUUUUUGUCAUUCGACCAUGUAAUUUUGUUGAGGGAUUUACUUGAUCUGGUGUCAUUCAGGAACAAGGACGAGCGUCCAAUAGCUACUUUGACCCUUCAAGUUGAACCUCGACCCCAUGUGAUAGACAGAACAUUCAGGUUCUAUCACGCAGAGCAGUCGUUCUUAAAAAAGACCAUCAGGUUACCCCCCCUGGCGAUCACUACCGGGUGCGCACCAGUAAUGGACGAUAACACGCAACCUCAAGUUCAUGUACGCUGCAGCGAUGUGAAUGCUGUUUGUGAAGCUAGAAAGAUGACGCAUCUUAUAUCUUUCGAUAUUCAAUUGCGCUUUCAUGCUCUUUUUACCUUCAAUGCGUUUAUUUUUACUUUAAGAGAUCCUCUCCUCGCGGAGCCUUGUCAGACAUGGCAGCUAUAUGUUCAUUCAUUACAAAGAAUCGACAUGACCGCUUUCCGAGGUCAGAGCAGUCGCCUGUCUGUGAUUUUACGAGGAACUCAGUCCAGUCGUCUUGUGCAGUGUUUCUUAUCUCACCCCGAGGAAUUACAGGUCAAGCCCACCGAUCCAAUCAUGUUAAUGGCUAAUGCUGUUCAUGAAGUCCAUCUGACGGUACGACCCUAUGCAUCCGGGAGCAUGCGCUAUAUGUAUGUCAACGUGGUUGAUGUGGAAUUUCAUCAACUUGUGAGAACUUGGCUCGUUUGUGCCUCUUGUCAAAUGCCUGUCAUUUCUAAAUCGUUUGAACUGCAGAUACAAGUUGGCGGUGGAAAGGGUUCGAACAAGCGUGUAUCAUUCACCAAUCCUUAUCCUACCAAGAAGACGUUUCAUCUGAAAACUAACAGGCCAGACAUGCUACAGUUCAAAGAGAGCAUCAUUGAGGUUGGUACCGGAGAGUCACACAGUAUUGGGCUUCGCUUCACUCCUCAACAGUUCCCGGGAAAAUCUGAAAUUCUUAUCUUCAUCAACGACUCGUAAGACAAAAAUGAAGAAACGUUUAGCAUCAACGUCGUCUAUACGUAA